AUGGAUAUUAGAAAUAUGAGGCCAAUAUUCGCAAAAACACUGCAUUGUGUUCAUUUGAAAAUAUGGCGUCGGGUUAAGAUGACAUUACGACAGCAAAUGUCAGAAAAGGUUGGCGAACAAGAAGCUGUUGAGCUGUUCAGAGAAUUUACUUUUUUUUUGUAUUUUGUCGACAUAAUUAAUCAGUUUAAUUCUAUGUCCGGUUUUGCCAAUCUGUUUAAUUUUAUCAUUUUGUCUUUCUUGCUGGGCUUUCUCUCAUUGUUUCUUUUUAAUUCAGCCAUUUUUUAUUUCUCUUCGUCAACCUCUUUAACCAGCCAUGCCACAUCUUCCCCUUUCUUUCUUGUCCUGUUCUUCGUUUAUUUUAUUUUUUUUUUUUUUCAAUAUUUUCAUGUUUUUCUUUUUCUUUUUUCUUUCUUUUUUUUAGGUUAUUAUUGCUGUUUCAUUUUGCUUUCAUUAUUUAUUUCCUUUUUUUCUUCACGGCCAUAUUGUUUAUGA